AAGGUUUGUGCAGGUGAAUUACGUGCUAAUUAUUAGCACUGAAUGUUUUGACACUAAACUGAUGAUUCCUUAGUGAUGCAUUAAUUUUAAAGUGAUCCCAGUAAGCCUGAAAAUACAGUGAGUUUUCUCUGGUCACGCAAAGAAAAUAUGUAUCUCUCUUCCUAAAAAUCUUUUCUGCUUUGUUCACUAGAACUCUUCACCGUGACUGCUUAAGCAGGUGUCCAAAAACCAUUUUGAUUAAUCUUGUUAAACAGUCUCAGCUACUUCCUCCUUCCCUUUUUCUGUCAUUAUUGAUGACUAAAACUAUUAAAACACCCAGAAGAUUUUACCAAUGCUUUCUAUCAAGGUAGAUCUUGGAUUAGUCUUCCCCUCUCUAUGUACUCUUCCAAUAAACACUUAUAAACAGCAGGAAGGCUUUCUGAAUUAUGUCCUUACACAGGCUGCUACUUGACAUUUUUUCAAAGCACACUCUGCAGAAAAUGGAAGCAAUGGGAAACACUUUUCUCAAAUUACUUGGAGUUACUUGCAUUGCUUCUCCAAAUGUAUCCUUUGUAGGAAGCAGGAUACUAUAAGGCAGCAAAGAGAUUGUUAAGGAUGUAUGUCAAAGAAGGCAGCAGACUGUCUGUUAUAUAAAAGCAAAGGGAGACUGUACUCAUUAAAUUGCUUAAUGAAAUUAAAAUGAUUGUUUUAAAUUGUCAGCAAUUUUUCUGUGACAUAAUUUCUGCCUUCACAAAUUUGCCCAGGAAAAUUUGGGAGCUUAAUCAUUUUUCAUGCUCAUAGCAUACUUAAAUAUGUUCAUAAAAUCCUGCAAAUACUGAAAUUCCAUCCAACAGAAAAUGUCUGAUGCUUUUAGUAUCUGCUCUGUAGCCUUGGAAGACUAUGCCAGAAGGAAGGUCUGUUUCCUCAUUUUUGGCCUGUAGGCUGGCACCUCCCUACCCACUUUAUUUCAAGUAUGUCAUGUGAGGAGCCUGGGUCCUUCUUGUUUAUGCGUUUUACUUUUAGUUGUUCUAAGAAAAAUGUGAAUGGGGUGUUCUGAACAGUGUUGGUACCCAAAUACUUGGGCUAAUGGACAAUUGUUAACUCCUAGAUUUUUUUUUUUUGUAAUAAAGUACUUAUUUUUAUUUUUGUAGUAUUCAAUUAAAGGUGAAAAGAUUUAAAAGAUGUUAUUUUAAAAGAAGCUGAUGCUAUAUCAGCUACUAGUUGCCAAUAACUUGCAAUAGUUUUACAGACAUAGUCUUACGACCUCCUGUGUUUUGCCAGGAGUCUUGGAUUAACAGAAUAAACUCUAUCAGCAAGACCAUGAGUCGUCUUUGUCUUGCUUCCUCCAUUUUUUUCCUUAAUACUGUCUUUAUGUGUCAAGUGUUCUGUAUUUGGGGAUUGGAGCUGUAAAGAUGAUACUAAGAACUGUGUAGUCUUGGACGAUACUGAAAUGAGGAAAGUUCAAGAGCUCUUCAACCUAUCCUUCACCCUGCCAGUUUUCUUUCCUUCAUUGGCAGUGCUAUAUAUCUGUACCAAGUGAAGCUUUUUUUGUAUUGAGGAAAAAGCUUAUAUUGCACACAAAUACUGCCUUCUGCAUAAUAGGAAUGCUCCAAGAAUGAGACAAUCUUUGGAUUAAAUAUAUGUCUUAUUUCUCUUUCAUUUAACUUUUUUCCUUCUUUAAUGAACAGAGCUUAGCAACACUGCCAAAACAACAAUGUGGCUCUGCCUGCAGGAAGGUUAAGUCAAUUGCCUACGUGUUGAUUGGCAACAGCUUGUAUGAUGAAGCCAUACGACAUUUUUCAACAAUGCUGCAGGAAGAACCGGAGCUGGUUAGUGCAAUUUAUGGACGAGGGAUAGCAUAUGGAAAAAAAGGACUACAUGAUAUGAAAAAUGCUGAACUCGCUCUGUUUGAGCUCAGUAGGGUGAUUAGUCUAGCACCAGAUCAUCCUGAAGUAUUUGAACAGCGAGCAGAAAUAUUGUCCCCACUAGGACGAAUCAGUGAAGCAUUAUCUGAUCUCACCAAAGCUAUUCAGCUGCAACCAUCAGCACGGCUCUACAGGCACAGAGGUACCCUUUACUUCAUAUCUGAGGAUUACGCAACAGCCCAUGAAGAUUUUCAGCGCUCAUUGGAACUGAACAAAAAUCAGCCUAUAGCUAUGCUUUAUAAAGGCUUAACGUUUUUUCACAGAGGACUUUUGAAGGAAGCCAUUGAAUCAUUCAAAGAAGCUCUGAAGCAGAAAGCAGACUUCAUAGAUGCAUAUAAAAGUCUGGGACAAGCCUACAGAGAACUUGGCAACUUCGAUGCUGCUACAGAAAACUUCCAGAAGGCUUUGCUGCUAAAUCAAAAUCAUGUUCAGACGUUACAGCUCAAAGGAAUGAUGCUUUAUCAUCAUGGGAGCUUAGAUGAAGCCCUAAAGAAUUUUAAGAGGUGUUUACAGCUAGAACCAUACAAUGAAGUAUGCCAAUACAUGAAAGGUCUCAGCCAUGUUGCAAUGGGACAGUUUUAUGAAGGUAUAAAAGCUCAGACUAAAGUUAUGUUAAAUGAUCCACUACCCGGUCAGAAGGCCAGCCCAGAAUAUCUGAAAGUGAAAUACCUCCGAGAGUAUUCUAGAUACUUGCAUGCACAUUUGGAUACUCCCCUUGCAGAGUAUAAUAUUGAUAUAGAUCUUCCUGGAAAUUUCAAGGACCACUGGGCCAAAAAUCUUCCUUUUCUUAUAGAAAAUUAUGAGGAACAGCCAGGGUUACAGCCACAUAUAAAAGAUGUGUUAUUUCAGAAUUUUGAAAGCUAUAAGCCUGACGUGCAAGAACUUGUAUGUGUGGCUGAUCAUCUGGGUUCCAUGAUGCAGUAUGAGACACCAGGAUUUCUUCCAAAUAAAAGAAUACAUAGAGCAAUGGGAUUGGCCACUUUAGAAGUAAUGCAAGCUGUGCAGCGGACUUGGGCAAACUCAAAAGUUCGUAUGAAUGGGAAAACCAGACUGAUGCAGUGGAGAGAUAUGUUUGAUAUUGCUGUGAAGUGGCGAAGGAUAGCUGACCCUGACCAGCCUGUGCUUUGGUUGGACCAAAUGCCUGCCCGAAGCCUUAGCAGAGGUUUCAAUAAUCACAUUAACUUAAUCAGGGGACAAGUCAUUAACAUGCGGUACCUGGAAUAUUUUGAGAAAAUUCUUCAUUUUAUUAAAGAUAGGAUCCUUGUUUAUCAUGGUGCUAAUAAUCCAAAAGGACUAUUAGAGGUUCGAGAAGCUUUGGAAAAGGUACAUAAAGUAGAAGAUCUUCUUCCCAUAAUGAAGCAGUUUAACAGUAAAACAAGAGAUGGGUUUACUGUGAACACAAAAGUCCCCAGCCUUAAGGAUCAAGGGAAAGAAUAUGAUGGCUUCACAAUCACAAUAACAGGAGAUAAAGUGGGGAACAUACUAUUUUCAGUAGAAACCCAGACAACAGAAGAGAGAACACAGCUGUAUCAUGCAGAAAUAGAUGCGCUAUAUAAGGAUCUAACAGCUAAAGGAAAAAUUCUAAUUCUGUCUGCAGAGCUGGGGGAAGUAGAUGCUGUUUGCAAUUUGAUCCUGUCAUUAGUUUAUUACUUCUAUAAUUUAAUGCCACUUUCGAGAGGAUCUAGUGUGAUAGCUUAUUCAGUGAUCAUGGGAGCACUAAUGGCAAGUGGGAAGGAAGUAUCAGGAAAAAUCCCUAAAGGAAAGCUGGUUGAUUUUGAAGCAAUGACAGCACCAGGGUCUGAAGCUUUUAGCAAGAUAGCAAGGAGCUGGAUGAAUCUAAAAAGUAUUUCACCUUCUUACAAGAGCCUGCCAUCAGUAUCGGAGACAUUUCCAACCCUGAGAACGAUGAUUGAAGUACUAAAUACAGACUCGUCUCAUUGUUUAAAAAAAACUAUAGUUGUUGUAUGAUUUAUACAAAUAAAAGGCCAAGAGGUA